AUGAGGAAAGCUUGGAAGACGGAGAACUUUACCUGCGCAAGGCUGGAACCAGGUUUCUUCUCUUUCUCCUUCCAUUCGGAAGCUGAGGCACGGAGAGUACUUCAAUCGGGACCUUGGUCAUUCUCCAGCCAUCUCCUCAUCCUUAGGCAGUGCGAACCUGAUACACCAAAGUUCUGUUAUGAUUACAAUCACUGUGAUUUCUGGGUAAAGUUCUUUGGUUUACCCUAUGGGAGAGUUACCUAUGAUGUGAUUGAAGAAAUAGCCUCCAAACUAGGAGCAGUUGUUGAAGUAAAGCUGGAGGAAAAGGGAAACAACACCUACAAAGUGGGUAAAGCCCGAGUGACACUGCCUUUAGCAAACCCGUUGAAAACUAGUGUAAUUGUGAAUCUAGAUAAUAAGAAGCUGUGGGUCGAAUUUAAAUACGAACGACUGCCCUACUAUUGUUACUCUUGUGGCAGAAUUGGCCAUUAUGUAACGGAAUGUACCGAAAUACCUUACAAGGAGUCAGGGUUGGAACAUAACUUACCAGCCGGAUGUGGGGAUUGGCUGCGAGCUGAGGUGAGGGAACUAAGCCCCUAUGGUAAGAUAUUCUAUGGAAAGAAGGAACUUCCUCCUGACGAAGUGGAUGUAGUGCUUGAAACCCCAUUAUCUCCUGCACCUGCAACAGAGCAGAAUAGUUCACCAUUAUCCCAGCAAACCCAGGUAUGUGAUACUCGCCUAAAAGGAAAGGAAACUUACAAGCCUUCCUCAACUCAGGAACUAAUUCUGGUUGAAGUGAAAAGCCCCCAGAAGAGGGAAAAUUGCUGCAUUGAUGAGGAAUCAAUCUUGACACUCCACGAGGAACAUAUGAAGGAAGCUGAAGUUGGGCUGGAGAUACCCCCCUGCAAAGUCGAAAGGGAAGUGUGUGAAGUCGACUAA